GGACUUGAGGGUUCAGACAGUUGUUCCCAUACGCUGCGAUCCAAGGCCUUACUCACUGAGUCAACGAGUAAUCUCUCUGACUGACAUAUAGUCGGUCGAUGUCCACGAUGCAAACAGGCACACCUCGCUCGCCGCGCUUUGAUCUUCCGCCUGCACCUGUUUAUACCACUUCCAAUACAGCUGACAACGGCCUUGCGGAGUGGACGAGCAAGAUCAAGGCAAUGCAACGCCAGGUCAACGCGGAUGAUGAGGCAGAGCAGCGUCGUCUCGAGGAAGAAAUCGUGCGGGCACGACUUGCGAGGAUGAGACGAAGUACAUCGGGCAUGAGCGGUGAUUUCGGCGUCGGCAUGCAUGGCAUUGAUCUGGGCAAGUUACAGGAUUCAUCAUCUAGUGUCACUCCUUCGCCAAAUGAUCUGCUUGCGGGCAACACUACCAGUGCACCUGCCUCAGAGAAGCCACCUCGAGCUAUACCUUCACAUAAACCGGCGGUGUCGUCUAAUACAACGCCCCAGAGAGUCCCUAUGUCAUUGGCUGCAUUUAUGGGUGGAUCGACUGCUGCUGGCCCUCGAUUGAAACGCCACGAGCCACAACAGGAUGCCACUGUUGUGCAUGAUGGGCGUAAGGAUCACGGUCCCGUACAUCCAAUAUUCGGAAGAAAUGGAAUCGCUAUGCCGGGGAUGGCCAAAGUAGGUGUACAACCUCCUGCAGCUGCCACAUCUCCACCUUCAGCUGGCACACCCGCUCGUGCAUUUCCCACUUCCACACCAGAUAUCGUGAGAUCCCGUACUACUAGUACUUCCUCGGUCGCCCGUCGUUAUGUGGAACAACUUGAAAGUCAGCCGCAGUCUCUGAACCCAGGACUUGUAGGGCCAGGCAUCCGGGAGCGCAGGAUAAGCACUCCCGCGGGCAACAUUUCAGCACAGUUGAGAGUAGAAACGCCACACUCGCCUUCUUACCGUUUAUCUCAGAACUAUGGUGCCAGAACUGCUGUGGUUCCACCAAGUUCCCUCGUUGAAUCUCGGUCGAAAACCCCCAUCACUGCGGAGAUGCGCCCCAAGACACCUGUUACUGAAACUCGUGUGAAGACUCCCAAUCCUGAAUCUGUCCGUGCUAAGACGGUGACAGAAUCUGUAUACUCCAAGACGCCUAAUCCUGAAUAUACUCGGGCGAAGACCCCCAACCCUGAGCCCAAUCGUGCAAAAACGCCUGAUGCAGAUUCUGGUCGCACGAAGAGCCCAAUUUAUACACGUUCAAAUUCCUCUCAGCCCUCUUGGACACCUAGACAACAGUCUACUCCAAUUCCAUCUGUCACUCCAACGUCCCCUGUGCGGCAGACUUACUCUCCACAGCCAUCACGAGGGGUCUCCCCUGCCUUUCUGUGUCCGCCUGUCAAUUCAUCUACCAAGGAUCCAACGCCAAGUAUCAGCCGGCUGCAGGGUCGUGGCUUUGUGCAGAGUGUUGUUCAAGCCAGUGGGCGCCUCGAAUCAGCAGCAGGAGCCGCGAGGAGGGAGAGCACAUUUGGAUCCCCAAGUCAAGCUGCCAGUGAAACGCGAGAUAAGAAUGCUAGAAGAGCAAGUGUCUUAGACCGUUGGCAGCCUGCAAUGAAUAAUGCAGGAACACCAUCACUGCCCCCACAAUCCCCAUUCCCGGCAAACCGCGGAAGGACACCAGAAGCCAGGCAGGCAGAAGUGAAAACGCACGACACGGAAUUUCCUUCGAAGAGCGCUGUAUCUAUUCCCACCCUUCCGAAAACGCCAUCUGGGAAGACCAGUGCUCUUCCCGAGAGCGCGAAUCAUAACUUAGGAUCCUCCACCACAAUGAUUGCAUACAUCAAGCCAACCAAGACCGGUGAUGAUCCAGUCGUUCGCAAUGUUGAUGAACUCGGGGUGAAAGCGGACGGGAGUGAGGCGAGGACGCGUGUAUCUUCGUCUCCUAACAAGCCAUUGAGUCAUCCAACCAAGGAUAGAGCGAAGAAACCUCGCAAAACAGGUGGUUCUGCGCAUGUUGCUUCUCCUGAAGGACAGCCUCUUGAUGUAAAAGCCACUUUACCACAACCGAUUGCGCUAGAAUCGAUCACCUCGACAAAAAACACUCAAUUGCUUCCAAUUGCUCCCACCCAGCCAAUGAUACGAUCUCAACUGGAACCUCAGUCACAGCUUACACUGACGAUCGCACCAUCCAACACCACUGGUCGCGUCACAGACCGCUGGACAGAACCGACAUUGAUUGGUGUAAAGCCUAUCGCAUCCUCAAAUUCUACUGCAGGCCAGCCUCCCCCGAGUCAAAAACCGCAGGGUAUGGUGGGAAGACUGGCGCUGCCUGGCCUAGCGGCUGCACCAGAAGCUGCAGAGAAGGUGAAGGAGAAACCUCCUUUUGGAAAGGAGCGCGCGGUCUCACCUUCGCUAGCGAGACAUGGCCGCACUCCUAACACAGGGAAUCGUGCCACCGUCAUGGACGUUGCGCAAGCUUUGAGUGGGGCCCAGCAGGGAAACGAUUGCGCGUUGAGUCUACCUGCUCCUAGCAUCCCGAGUUCUCAGGCUGAGAAGAGGAAGUCGAGCACUGAGAAAUACUCCUCUUUUAUGAUGCCGCCGCUGAAGGAAGUGAAGACCCCCGUGUCAUCUCCAGCAGGAACAUUGGCAAAAUCAUCUGGGGAGGCGUUGCUGGAUUCUAAACUCGUCGGUGAAAGCUCCAAAAGUAGUCUGGGAGUCAAGCCAACUAUUCAGCGCACUGCGUCAAGUUCAUCUCUAGUGUUCGAUGUCGUGCACAUCGAUCACACGAACGAAUCCCUGCCAAAUGUCGAUGUGGAUGCUCUGUUGAAAUCUGUUCCUCCAACGUUUAGUGCUGACCCGAAUAUUCACAUCAUCUCUGUUGAGACUUUAUCCAUCAAUAACGGUACCGCGACUCCCGUCCUGCGCGAUAUUCAUAUUUUCUACGAUACGGAGGCUUUGGUGAUUGUACACCGCGGAAAGGCCCGUGACGGUGGGCUUGUUUCCACGAAGGUUUGGUGCUGGCAUGGGAAACAAUGCCGAUUUGGCGAGAGAGAGGAGAAGAAGGCAGAUGAGCUUGCAAGACGGUAUGGAUCAGCUCUGGAAACAGUGUUCCAACGACACGAACCUCCAGAACUUGUUCAUAUUCUUGGAGGAAAGAUUGCAAUCCGGCAGGGUACUCGCACGCACUGGACUUCUGAAAAUACAGCAAUGCACGUGGUGCGCUCGAGCGGGGAACACAUAUAUAUUGACGAGUUGGAUUUGAACAUCCGAAACCUGUGUUCAGGCUAUAGCUAUUGUGUCUCUAUCCUUGACCAGAUUUAUGUUUGGCAUGGUUGUGGGUCAACUCCGAAGGAACGCAAUGCUGCCCGAGAUUACGCACAGGUUUCCGCCGCGAAAGGGACUUCUAUCAAGGAACUUCGAGAAGGUGACAAUGAUGUAGAUGACGAGAUGUUCUGGAUGGUCCUUGGUGACUCUGGGGAUUACGCCAAGGCAGACUAUUGGAGAUUUAGAAAUGCUUCUGCUCCCAGUGAUCCUCGAUGCUGGAUCGUGGAUGUCACAGUCGAAGGCGACCCGAUUCGUGCUGUUGCAUUGAUAUCGGCAGAGACUAUACUUCAGCAAUCAGUGUACAUUAUCGACUGCUCUUUGGAAUUCUUUGUCCUGGUUGGAAAACAUGCACGUUCCAAACGUUCCGAUAUCUCUCUAGCAAUUCAAACCGUCAUGGCCAUGGCGAAGAAGGUGGCAAUAUCUAAACCCUUCUCUCCGACCAUCCAUGUACUUGUAAUACCUACGCAACUUCCUCUGGACAUGCGGCAUGCCUUCCGCGAUCUUGACGAGUCUCAAGUGAAUGGGGGCUUCGUCCCCGAUCACAUGAAUAUCCUUUCGACUACCGAGGCGAUUGAGCAUCUGCGCACUUCAUCUUGGGAGAAAGCAGCAUUGCGAGAUCAGAAUAUGCUUCCUUUGGGUCUUGACGCAGCUCCUGUACUGUCAUCUUGAUAUAUGCGCAAGUGACAGUUUUUCUGACGCUAGAUAUGAAUAAUUGGAAUGAUCUAUACUAUAGAGCAGUUUUUACCCAUACUUUCAGCUUGCUGCAAUCAAUCGGUGCCUAUCCUCCAGCGAUCACCUUCUUUUUGGA